AUGCCUAGCAAAGGUAUUCAAUGUUACGCCUACAUAGGCGCACCAGGCUGCCAAGUCGAAUUCUCCGUCCCUAAGACGACAAUCAACAAGCAUGAUUUAAACAAUUGGACGCAAGACCACCUUGAAGUCGACCAAAAAAACCUAGGCUCACUAUUUCACUACACCGGCCGCUUUUCCUUCAGGGUGUCCCGCGAUGGCCGCGAGCUCACCAAUCAAUGGGUCGAGGUCAAUUCUCUCACCGGCGACCUGGAAGAUGGCACAAUGAAAGACAUGCAGCAAACACCAUCUAUUCUCACAGAAGACGUGAUCAUAACGUAUAGCUUCUACGACGCUGGACCUGGAGUCGCUGGCCUACCAAAGCAGCACCAAUGCGCCGUGUCCGUCACCCCCAACCACUCUGACUGGAUUCGGGAUGUUGCCCCCAUCGAUUCUCCGCAAGCCGACAAGCCCUUCCACCGUAUGGUGCUUCCUAGCUCGCAUGACAUCGGCAUGAACAGCAUGACGACCUCCAAAGCCAUGCUGCACAACGCGGGCACCAACAUCAUCAAAAUGGCACUCGGUACCCUCCCCGGAGCCUUUCGCGUUUUAGACAAAGUGUCCGACUCUGCAAUCAACGCUAUCGCACCCAAUAUCAUCUACGGGCUCGCCAUCACGCAGAAAGACUCUCUAUCCACGAUUCUAGCAAUUGGCGCUCGAUACUUUGAGUUCCGUCCGGCACAUUGCCACCGCGAGAUGCAGAAGGUCUCGCCGCUGCCAGACACACUGUACUUCCAGCACGGUGCGAUACCUGGAAUGCCAUACGCCGAAUUCCUUCACGACAUUGUGCAGUUCCUCAACAACCACCGCGAGGAGAUUGUCGUGGCGCAACUACGAUGGGAUGGUGUUCCAGGCGACUGUCCCCGCCCCUCGGACCAAGAACUCAGUGAACACCUUGACAAAGCGCGAGAAGGAACCGAUAUCCAAGUCGGGAACCUCGACGACAUGAGGAAUAAGACAAUCAAGCAGCUCCGCCAGGACCGCCAGCGUUUGAUUCUUAUCCGCGAAGUUGAUCAAGCAUCCAAUUACGAUGACAAAGCUAACGCGACUCUCGACGGCGCGACCAUCGUUACAGCACUAGACAAUAUGUCUGGGAAUCCACCACGUGGGAAGCCGCUGAUCUUGCUGCAAUGCCAGGCUACUGCGACGAAUAUUCCGGACGUAAUUGCCUAUAGUGUGCUGAGCUCGGAUGUGUCGACGAGUCCACUACUAGCCACGAAGCCGAUUUGCGAUAUUAAGACUCUGCCGACGCUGAGGGGAGACGUGGGUAAGAGCUUGACGCGGGAGGACGGAGCGGUGGCAAUUAUGAAUGACUUUUUUGAAGGCGGUACUGCGGAAGUAGCGAUUGGACUGAGUCGGGAUAGGUUGCGCUGA